GCCCUCCGUACCUUAUCCUCACUUUAUAUUUAUAUUUGAUAUUCUAAUGAUGUUUGCGACCCGAAUCAACCCAGCCAUUGCCUCGUCGGCCCGAUGUGCUCAGCGGCACAUGGCCUCGACACGUCCUCUACAACCGAGAGAUGCUGUGAUUGUAGCUGGUGCACGAACACCCAUCCUAUCCUUCUUGGGCGAGGGAGCCAAAUAUACAGCUCCUCAAUUGGCGGCUCAUGCGAUUAAAAAGGUGCUCUCGGACUCCGGCGUUGAUGGCAGCAAGAUCGAAGAGGCCAUCUUUGGUAAUGUGGUGAGUGCUGGUGUAGGACAGGCACCCGCGAGACAAGCCGCCAAAGGCGCCGGACUACCGGAUAGUGUGAUCUGCACAACGGUCAACAAGGUGUGCUCGUCGGGUAUGAAGUCUGUGAUGUACGCUGCACAGGCGAUUAAGUUGGGAGAGAGGGACGUGAUUCUUGCUGGUGGCAUGGAGAGUAUGAGCAAUGCACCAUUUUACUUGCCCGGUGCGAGGAGUGGAUACAAAUACGGCAACCAGAAGGCGCUUGACGGCGUGUUGGUAGACGGACUAUGGGAUCCGUACAACGACUUCCAUAUGGGUAACUGUGGAGAGAAGACGAGUAAGGAUUACGGAAUCUCACGCGAAGAUCAGGAUAACUACGCACUAUCCUCAUAUCAAAAGGCGCAAAAUGCUAUCAAGGCCGGUGUGUUCGACGACGAAAUUGCACCCCUGCCUGUUGGCCGCAGCGGAAAGUUAAUAAAAGAUGACGAGGAGCCAAACAAGAUUAACAAGGAGAAGUUCUUAAAAUUGAAGCCAGCGUUCCAAAAGGACGGCACCAUCACCGCCGGUAAUGCCAGCAGUUUGAAUGACGGAGCUUCCGCUCUACUUGUAAUGUCCAGUGAGAAAGCGAACGAGCUUGGCCUGAAGCCAUUAUGCAGGAUAGUUUCCUACGGCGAUGCUGAGAUCGCCCCAAUUGAUUUCGGAGUGGCCCCGGCGGAAGCGGUGAAAGAAGCGAUGAAGAGGGCUGGAGUAGAGGUUGCUGAUAUCAAGCAUUGGGAAGUGAACGAAGCAUUCAGUUCAGUUGCGAUCGCUCAGCAGAAGAUUCUGGGCUUCCCUCUGGAGAGUCUAAAUAUCAAUGGCGGAGCUGUAGCAAUGGGACACCCCAUUGGGAUGUCUGGAAAUCGAAUCACACUAACUCUGGCUCAUCGACUAAACAAGGCACCCAAGGGCGAACUAGCUUGUGCUUCUAUCUGUAACGGCGGUGGCGGAGCAUCCGCGAUCAUCCUGGAAAGUUUAUAAAGUGUGACAGACUCCCACUCGCAAGCAAAGUUAGGCGAUUUUAGAAACUACACCAGCUGUCAAGUGAAUAUGGUUUUCCUAAAUAGCAUGUCGGAUUCCACUGGGCUAAAAUUACACUCAACUGAAAUAAAAAAUACAUAAAUAUAUUCGUCGGA